CCGUCGUCAAAACAGUAAAAAACGAAAAAGAAAAGGGGGCGGAAGAAAACCCAAAGGAGUCGGUCUCUGAUUAUUCUUUGUUCUCGCCUUUCCCUGUAGUGGUGAGGGCGAAACCCUCGCGAUCGACCGAUCUCGACAACGAUCUCGCCCUUGGGAGAGCUGCUCGAUCGGAGGGGUAGCUCGCGGCCGCGAUCGGAUUUCCGGUCGCGGUGAGGUGGAGCGGGCGAUUGAAUUGAUCGGUUGGUGGUCGAGGUCUCGGGUUUGGAUCCGACGGGGGGAGCAGCGUUGGCUGCCGGUGGCAGCGCCGGCGGAUGGCGUUGUUCAGGAGGCUCUUCUACCGGAAGCCGCCGGAUCGGCUGUUGGAGAUUUCGGAAAGAGUCUAUGUGUUCGACUGCUGCUUCUCAACGGAAACUCUUGGUGAAGAUGCCUACAAGGUCUACAUGAAUGGCAUAGUCUCUCAACUGCAGGAUUAUUUUCCAGAUGCCUCCUUCAUGGUAUUUAAUUUUAGAGAGGGGGAUCAAAGGAGCCAAAUUUCAGAUAUUUUAACUGAGUAUGGUAUGACGGUCAUGGACUAUCCCCUACAGUAUGAAGGAUGUCCUUUGCUUCCUUUGGAGAUGAUCCACCACUUCUUGAAGUCGAGUGAGAGCUGGCUGUCAUUGGAAGGGCAACAAAAUGUGUUGUUGAUGCACUGUGAGAGAGGAGGCUGGCCCAUGCUAGCCUUCAUGCUUGCUGGCUUACUUCUUUAUAGAAAACAGUACACUGGUGAGCAAAAGACCCUUGAAAUGGUGUAUAAACAAGCCCCUAAGGAGCUACUCCAUGUUUUGUCGCCCUUAAACCCACAACCAUCUCACCAAAGAUAUCUUCAGUACAUAUCUAGAGGAGGAAAUGCACCAGAAUGGCCUCCAAAAGAUAUGCCCCUAAUUUUGAAUCGCUUGAUUCUUAGGGUCAUACCUAAUUUUGAUGGAGAAGGAGGUUGCAGGCCGAUGAUUCGCAUUUAUGGUCAAGACCCAUUGGUUCCCAAUAGUAGGAACGCGAAGAUUCUUUUUGCAACACCUAAGACCAAGAAGCAUGUUCGGCACUACAAACAGGCGGAGGCUGCACCAGUAAAAUUAAAUACUCGUUGUCGUGUGCAAGGAGAUGUAGUUGUUGAAUGCAUCAAUCUGGAUAAAGAUCUGGAACAUGAGGAGAUAAUGUUCAGGGUUAUGUUCAAUACAGCCUUUAUCCAAUCUAAUAUUCUGAUGCUGUCUCGUGAGGAAAUUGACGUUGUGUGGAAUACGAAGGUUCAUUUUUCUAGAGAUUUCAAAGCUGAGGUAAUAUUUUCAGAAUUUGAUGCUUUUGAAUCUGAUUCAAGCACGGAAUCGCUGAUUGAAGAUGGUGAUGAAACAGAAGGUGCUUUCACGGAGACAGAGGAGUUUUUUGAGGCUGAAGAGAUAUUUACCAAUGCUGACUGGCAAAAUGUGAAUCGAGAUACUGAAGCUACUACAUUUAGAAAUGCAACAUCCGUUGAUGAUGGGAGUUCAAUAGUGGAAAUCUGUAAUUUGACUGGUGAAGCAAGGAGUAGGUUUGAGACAAGCAAAGCUGAAGAGGAUUCAGAGACAAGGGUUUCCCAAAAGUUGACAGAAACAGAUGGCAAAUAUAUCAUGAUAGAAACCUGUAACAUGCAUGGUCCAGCUAAGACUAGUUCUGAAUCUGACAAAUGUGAGCAUGAUGAUGAAUUUGUAAUGGUGAAAUCAGUCACUUCAGAAUGUAUGGUUCAGAUCGAAGAGAAGAAAAUGAUAGAAUGCAGCACAUUGCGACAGGACAAAAAAGGAACUGCUACUUCACUGGGUGAAGAAAACGAUCUAAUGAAGAUUAACAAUCUUAAGCAGGAGACUGAGACUGUUACAGGUUUGGUGAAUAUGACACAUAAUUUUGUUGAUACAGAAGCUCCAGAUACAACUGAAAGAAAAUGGGAAAAUGGUGACUAUAAACAUGGCUCAGAGAACAUUUCUGAAACAAGAUCUAAUUCUAUUGGUGAAAUUCCCAGUCUGGCCAAACAUCUUCCUGAAAGAGAGACUGACAGUAGCACCUAUCAAGAUAAAGUCGAACAGUAUAGUGGAAGUGCACUGAGAAUUCCAGGUGUGACAGAAGAAACAAUGACCAAAUUUCCUCCCAUUGCUUGCAGUAGUACUGGCAAGAUUAUCAGCAAAGAGUCGACAUAUAUGGAUUACACAGUUACUUGUGAGGAGAAGAAUAUAGUAGAGGUCAGCAACUCUGAACAUGAAGUGAAGGAUAUUAUUGCACUUGAUGUUGAAGAGAAGAAUAUAGCUGAAACAUACAAUAUUGAGCAAGAUGCAUCAGGCCUGGCCUCUGAGAAGACAAUGACCUCAUGUACCAUGACUUGCAAGACACAAAUUUUGACUUCGACACAUGAUGCUGACAACAGACCUGAAAAAAUAAAGUCAAGGUUCAAUCAAGAGAAUAUUACUACCAGGAAAACUCUGCUUGACAAGGGUCACAAUCAAGGAAACCAGGGUCUAUCACAAGAAGUUAAAUUGGAGUGCAAAAGGGAGCCAGACAAAGUUGUUGCUCAAAGCAAGACACAGCCCAAAAUUCUCAAUCAGAAAUUUGGAAAUGGUGAAGAGAAGCAGACUCUAGAAAUAUCUUCGUAUACCAUGCCAGAGAAACCAUCAUCAGGCACAAAACGACCUGAUUCCCUAGUAUCUAAGACAAUGGUUAAACAGCAGGAAUCUGCAGCAGAUCAACAAAGCUCGAGACAGGCAAAGACAGUUGCUAGGUGGAUCUCACCAAGAAAAGACUCUGAUGCUACUUCAGUGCAUUUGCCUUCUCACCCUCCAUCCAGGUAUAACAGUGCACCAGCUGCUCUAGCCAUUUCUGCGGCUUAUCAAGGUUAUAUAAGUGGUAAAGUUGCAGUGGUGUCUGAAACUCCAGCUUGUGCAGAUAAAGCUGCAUCUUCCCUGCAGUUGUCAGUUCAAUCUUCUAUAUGUCAUGUGUUAUCUCCAAUUGAGGAAGCACCUCUAUCUGCUUUGGUGGUACCUCCACCUGCUUGUGGCGAGCAUUCAACCCCUCCUAAGUUGCAAGCUCAUAAUACCCGCACCCCACCCCCACCCCCACCCCCACCUCCACCCCUUUCUAUUAGUACUCCAACAAGUUCAUAUUUUGCUAAUGGCCAUUUUAACCCUCCUCCUCCACCACCACCACCACCACCGUUGAAGAUCGGAGGAGCUAAAGGCACAUCUGCUUACUCCACACAUCAUUUAUUACUACCGACCCCGCCAGCCCCACCACCACCACCACCACCACCACCACCUUCCUCAUCUGGAGUCUUAUAUAGUUCAUUUCUGCAGUCUUCCCAAACUUCAGCUUCACAAACCAAAGCCACUGUAAAGGCUCUUCCACCACCUCCUCCACCUCCGCCACCACCUCCUCCACGCAAUAAAAUUGACUUAUAUGCAUCACCUUCCUCACCUCCAUCCAUCCCACCACCAUCUUUGCCCUCAGGAGCAUCAAGUAGAGGUCCCCCUCCACCGCCUCCUCUUCCUCCACGGCUCGAAGGUUUAGUGUCUAAACCACCACCACCACCUCCUCCUCCUCCUCCUGUACUUGGUCCAUGUAGUGGUGCUCCUCCUCCACCACCUCCACCACCGCAUCUUGGCCCACGUAGUGGUGCUCCUCCUCCACCACCUCCGCCAGGUCCUCCACCUCCUCCUGGCUCACGAGUCAGUGCCCCACCACCACCCCCUCCUCCAGUUCUACGUGGUGGUGCCCCUCCUCCACCGCCUCCUCCUGGCUCACGAGGUAAUGUCCCACUUCCACCCCCUCCUCCAGGUCCACGUGGUAGUGCUCCUCCUCCACCCCCUCCUCCAGGUCCACGUGGUAGUGCUCCUCCUCCACCCCCUCCUCCAGGUCCACGUGGUAGUGCCCCUCCGCCACCGCCUCCUCCUGGAGGACGUACACCUCCUCCACCGCCUCCUCCUGGAGCACGUACACCUCUGCCACCAGCCCCACCUAGAGCACCUGGUGCUCCACCACCUCCUCCAUCCAGUUCUCAAGCUGAUGCUAGAGGAUUAUCGCCAAAUGGGGCAAGAGGACGUGGACUUACACGUUCUGCAGCCUUAAAUUCAUCAAAUUUGGCACCGCGUAGGUCAUUGUUGAAGCCGCUGCAUUGGGUGAAAGUAACAAGAGCUGUUCAAGGAAGCUUAUGGGCUGAACUACAGAGAUCUGGUGAUGCUUUAAGUGCUUCAGAAUUUGAUGUGUCAGAACUUGAAAGCCUCUUCUCUGCAGUGGUCCCUAAAAAAGAUGAUAGCUCUAAAUCUGACGGGCGUCGCAAAUCUCUUGGAUCAAAAUCCGAUAAAGUUCACUUAAUUGAAUUAAGGCGCGCCAACAAUACUGAAAUCAUGCUGACAAAGGUCAAGAUGCCACUUCCUGAUUUGAUGAGUGCUGCUUUAGCAUUGGAUGAUUCCAUUUUAGAUGUUGACCAAGUAGAAAAUCUCAUUAAGUUUUGUCCAACCAAAGAGGAAAUGGAGCUUCUCAAGGGCUAUACUGGUGACAAGGAAAAACUUGGAAAGUGUGAGCAGUAUUUCUUGGAGUUGAUGAAAGUUCCGCGAGUGGAAUCUAAAUUAAGAGUUUUUUCUUUCAAGAUUCAGUUCGUCUCUCAGGUUUCUGAUCUUAGAAAGAGUCUGAACACCAUAGACUCUGCUUGUGAACAGAUUCGCAACUCUAUCAAAUUGAAAGAAAUCAUGAAGAAAAUUCUUUUCCUUGGUAAUACCUUAAAUCAAGGAACUGCAAGAGGCUCAGCAAUUGGCUUUCGUUUGGACAGUAUUCUUAAACUUACUGAUACUCGUGCUACUAAUAACAAAAUGACGCUUAUGCACUAUUUGUGCAAGGUGCUUGCUUUGAGAUCUCCACAUCUUCUGGAUUUUUAUGAGGACCUUACUAGCUUGGAAGCUGCAUCAAAGAUACAAUUAAAAUCCUUGGCCGAAGAAAUGCAAGCCAUUGUCAAGGGUCUGGAGAAGGUUGAAUUGGAGCUGAAUGCAUCUGAAAAGGAUGGCCCUGUCUCUGAAAUUUUCCGUAAAACCUUGAAGGAGUUUGUUGUUGUCGCUGGAGCUGAUGUGCAAUCACUAACGACACUCUAUAAAGAAGUGGGUAAAAAUGCUGAUGCCCUUGCCAUAUAUUUUGGUGAAGAUCCUGCACGUUGCCCUUUUGAACAAGUCAUCUCUACACUUUUGAACUUUGUCUUGAUGUUCCGACGGGCACAUCAGGAGAAUUGCAAGCAAGCUGAGCUUGAGAAGAAGAAAGCUGAGAAGGAGAGAGAGAUGGAAAAGUCUAAAGCUUCAACACCAAGUAGUAAAAAUGAUUCAAAGGAAACAAGCUUGAGCCAGCAGCUGCUGGAAGCAAAGACGAGAACCGAGAAUACAAACAGGCGUGAAAAAGAUGUUAGAUGAUAUCUAAUUUCCUCAUUUUGGCUUACAUCUCAUGUGCUACCUUCCUGGGGAUCUGUGCAUUACCACCACGCAAGAUCCCCGUCCAGAUUGGGAGAAGAUGGUGCUGCAACCAGGCACUGCUUCAAGCAUGAAAGACUCUGGUUCAAGCCUCGGACUGAAGUCGUGGUACUGAGUCACAAUAGUGAUUACUCCAUCGUGGUAAACUUGACCUCUAUGUCAUCCGCAAGCCUUCCAGCUUUUUGCUGAUCUUACAUGCCAACAGGUGACUUGGAGAUUAGAGGUCAGAUCGAUCAAUUACCCCUGACCGGUCAAGCAUCCCCAGAUUAUGUAUUCUAAUUCUUGUACAGACCUAACCCCUUGGUUCAUUUGAUUCCUUCUCCUUUUUUUUUUUUCUUUCGGUUUUUAACCCCCCACCCCCCCCCAUUUUUUCUUUUUGAGAACUUGUGUGAUUCUUGUUCCCACGCUUACCAUUUUCUCACUUGCAGUGGCUUGGGUACCGCCAGGCUUCAGAAAUUAUGAACUAGGUGUGUAAGAAGGGAUCUGAAAGUUAAUAUGUGUAGAGCCCAAUUUUAAUCAGAUUGGUUCUAAUGGAGCCCAGUUUUACUGACUAA